AUGGUGAACAUUCCUAAAAUGCACUGGACUUUCUGUAAGAAGCGUGGCAAGCUCCAACCCCACAAAGUGACACAGUACAAGAAGGGCAAAGAUUCUCAGUAUGCCCAGGGAAUGCGGCAUUAUGACAGGAAGCAAAGUGGAGAUGGUGGGAAGACUAAGACAAUUUUCUGGAAGAAGGUUAAACCUACAAAGAAGAUUGUGUUGAGACUUGAAUGUGUUGAGCCAAACUGCAGAUCUAAGAGAAUGUUGGCUCUUAAGAGAUGUAAGCAUUUUGAACUGGGAGGAGAUAAGAAGAGUAAGGGCCAGGUGAUCCCGUUCUAA